AUGGGUUAUAGCGACGUUGAGGGCGCGCCCGCCGGCUGUGCUGCCGCAUGCUUCGAGGGGGACGUUUCAUCCAUCGAGACGAGCAAAGGGGGGUACCAAUACGUCGGGGCAUCUAUGGGGCAAUAUUCCGUCUCCUCUGACAUGGUCUUUGUCGGCCGAGGAAUGGGGGAUUGGGAGAAGAAGGAGGCGGGCAAGAAGCCCAAUGGCCUUGCUUGGUGCGUGCCUUGCCUCAUGCUUUCGGCGCUCCUCAUCGGAUUGGGCCUUCUGUGGUGGUUCUUCUCGCAUCGACCCGUUGGUGCAGACGAGAUCCAGCCCACAUUGAACUGCUACGAAGGAUACCAUGACUGGAAGAACCUCUGGACUCCGGAGAAGCAAGCCGCCUGCUGCGAUCAGUACGGCCGUGCGUGUCCCCAUUACCAUGUGGAGCGUGACGUGAUCCACAAGCAAGUGCCCUAUCCUGUUUCCUCGCCGCCGCACUACCACUACGUUUCCGUCCCC